UUAAUUUGCUGCCGCAAUGCCUUUCAAACGAUUCCGGUUCUGGCCAAGCUAGCAGUGGUCUUGCUAGCCAUGGCGCCUUUCUUCUCUUCUUCCAGGAGCAUACAGCUCGCCUCUCUCACCCUGCUAAUCCUCUCGGCCAACGCCGCGCCGCCGCCGCCGCCGCCGCCGCCAUCUCUCCAAGCACAAGCAGGGGCGCUCCUCGCCUGGAAAGCCUCCCUCGGCAAGCAAGCCCAGCACGCCCUGCAAUCCUGGGGGGCAAACACCUCGACCACACCUUGCGGCGGCUGGCGCGGCGUCCGGUGCGGCCGGCGGCCGGUUGUCGUUACCGGCGUCUCUCUUCCGGGGGUGAUCAAGCUCGGAUCAGGGUCGCUGGACUCCCUCGACUUCUCGGCCCUGAGGACCCUGACGAGGCUCGAUCUCUCGCACAGCCAGCUCGCCGGGAACAUCCCUUCGAGUAUUGGGCUCCUCAGGGAGCUCCGUGCUCUGCUUCUCCAUGGCAACCAGAUAAGCGGCCCCAUCCCGCCUUCUUUAGCAAACCUCACGAAACUGCAGUUCUUAAUGCUCCAUGACAACCAAGUAUUCGGCGAAAUACCAAGCUGGAUAGGGGAAAUGGGUAACCUUGUGAGCCUAAAUCUUUCGGAUAACCGUCUUUCGAGGCCGAUUCCUCAGGAAAUCGGAAACUUAGUGAGGCUGAAAGAGCUCAACCUUAGUGCAAACUACCUUGAAGGCUAUGUUCCGACAAGUUUGGGGAAUUUAACACGGCUAGUAACUCUGAACCUUACCAGUAACAACUUAAUUGGGCCCAUCCCUGAAGAAAUGAGGAAUUUAGUCAGGUUAGAGCGUUUGGGAUUAGGUGAGAACAGACUUACAGGACCCAUUCCAAUCAGUCUGUGCAAUUUGACCAGACUCGUCGCGUUAGACCUUCAUAACAACCGGUUUUCUGGGCAUAUUCCUACAGAACUAGGUUAUUUGGCGAACCUAGAGGAACUGGAGCUUCACAACAACACACUGUCAGGUUCCAUCCCAAAGAGCUUAGGGAAUUUGACUAGGCUCACUACACUAUACCUUUGCUACAACCAGUUAUCUGGGACCAUUCCUCAAGAAAUUGGCAACUUAAGGAACCUUGUCUGGCUCACACUCAGUGCUAACAAAUUGUCUGGUGCCCUGCCAUCGGGUCUUUGUGCGGGACUUAGGCUACAAAAUUUUACUGCUUAUGAGAACAACUUGGUUGGACCCUUGCCAGCAACCUUGCUAAAUUGUACAAGUUUGGUUAGAGUUCGUCUUGAACGGAAUCAGCUCGAAGGAGAUAUCUCUGAGAUGGGUGUUUAUCCAAAUCUUGUUUAUUUUGACAUCAGUUCAAACAAACUAUCUGGUCAACUAUCUCCGCGUUGGGGUGAGUGCUAUGGACUUUCCAUGUUUCGUGCUUCAAAUAACAGUAUCAGUGGAGUCAUACCACCAAGCAUAGGGAAACUGCCUCGGUUGAGGAUACUUGAUGUUUCAUCAAAUAAACUUGAAGGAUAUAUUCCAUCAGAAAUUGGCAAUAUAACGACACUGUUCAACUUGAGACUCGGGAACAACUUACUCAAGGGAAGGAUACCGCAAGAAAUCGCAUCACUAAAGAAUCUGGAGUAUUUGGAUUUAUCUUCAAACAACCUAAGCGGACAGUUACGAGGGUCAGUUGAGAAUUGUUUGAAGCUCCGUUUUCUAAAGUUGAGCCAUAAUAGUCUCAGCGGUAGCAUUCCUACAGAACUAGGUAAGUUGGUAAACCUACAAGAAUAUUUAGAUCUAAGUGACAAUUCAUUUGAUGGCGUCAUACCGAGUCAACUGGGUUAUUUGAGCAUGCUCGAAGCCAUGAAUCUUUCACACAAUGCAUUUAAUGGCAGUAUUCCACCAUCAUUUCAGCGGUUGAAUAGCUUCUUAUGCAUGGACGUGUCGUACAACAGACUUGAAGGGCAAGUGCCACAAAGUAAACUCUUCAAAGAAGCUCCAAUCAAAUGGUUCAUGCACAAUAAACAUUUGUGUGGCGUUGUGAAAAGUUUGCCCCCUUGUGACCUUACUCGAAGUUCUGGACUAGAAAAGAAGUCUAGAGCCAUUUUACUAGCUAUAAUACCUGCUACUAUAUUUCUUUUGUCUAUCAUGGUACUAGUAACAUGGCAAUGUAAAAAGAAGAAAUCAAAGGCAGAAAGUGCAAAUGAACCGCAACUUGCAAAGAUGUUCACCAUCUGGAAAUUUGAUGGGGAAGAUGUGUACAAGCAAAUUGUUGAUGCAACAAAAAAUUUCAGUGACACUUACUGCAUCGGAACUGGAGGGAAUGGGUCUGUCUAUAAAGCUCAGUUACCAACGGGUGAGAUAUUUGCAGUAAAGAAGAUUCAUCAUAUGGAAGACGAUGAGCUAUUUAAUCGUGAAAUAGAUGCAUUGAUACAUAUUCGGCACCGAAACAUUGUGAAGUUAUUUGGCUACUCCUCUGGUUCUCAUGGAAGAUUUCUUGUCUAUGAAUACAUGGAUAGGGGAAGCUUAGCAUCAUCUUUGAAGAGCAAGGAAACUGCAGUUGAAUUGGAUUGGACAAGAAGGUUAAAUAUUGUUAAGGAUGUUGCUCAUGCCUUGUCUUACAUGCAUCAUGAUUGCUUUGCACCAAUUGUCCAUAGAGAUAUAACAAGCAAUAACAUUUUGCUUGAUAUGAGAUUCAAAGCCUGCAUCUCUGAUUUUGGCAUAGUGAAAAUACUAGAUGCGAAUGCUUCAAACUGUACAAGGCUUGCCGGCACAAAUGGAUAUCUUGCCCCAGAGCUUGCAUAUUCAACAAGAGUGACGGAGAAGUGCGAUGUGUAUAGUUUUGGAGUGCUCGUGCUUGAGUUGUUCAUGGGACAUCAUCCUGGUGAUUUUCUUUUCUCAAUGUGGUCCGUGACCAAUAAAAGUAUAUCCCUCGAGGAUUUGCUGGAUACCCGGCUACCGCUUCCUGAAGCUGAGAUUGCAAGUGAAAUAUUCAAAGUGAUGGCAGUCGCUGUUGAGUGCAUAAAACCUAACCCAUCACACCGUCCAACGAUGCAACAUACAGUCAAGGUGUUCUCUGCAGCCGAAGGACCUGAUGUCAAGGUGUCCUCUGUAGCUGAAGGACCUGAUAAUCGUCUUGAUAGUGUGCACACUAGCUUUGUCAUCCCUGCCUGCUGGUCAUGAAUGUUAAUAAGACAUUUAUCUGUUUUUUCCUUUAGAUAUGGGACUGUCGAUCUGUAACAAAUCAUGUAUAUGGUAGUUUUUUUUUUCUUCUCUUUUUUGCUUUACCUUCGUGCCAUGUACUAUAAACUUUCGUUUGUGAAGGGAUAAUUCACAUGAAUGGAUAAUCACAUAACA